CUUGAUUUGAAAGCCAAAGAUAGAGGCAAAAGACAGCAUGGAAAUGGAGAAAGUGUGUGUGAGAGCCCAUGCUGCAUUCUUCCCAUUACUCUCAAUUCUGCUUGUGAAGCUGUCUCUGCUUGCUCAUGGUCAAGCCACUGCUCCUCUCACCCCUGCAAUGUUCAUCUUCGGGGACUCUCUGAUCGAUAAUGGAAAUAACAACUUCUUCCCCACCAUGGCACGCGCAAACUACUUUCCUUACGGGAUUGAUUUUGGCCUUCCAACUGGGCGGUUCAGCAACGGCCUUACAGUCGUUGAUUAUGGAGCGCACCAUCUUGGGUUGCCGUUGAUACCACCCUUUUUGAGUCCACUGUCGAAAGGAAAAAAGAUCUUGAGGGGACUCAACUAUGCCUCAGCGGCUGCCGGAAUUCUGGACGAGACUGGCCAGCAUUAUGGAGGAAGGACACCAUUCAAUGGACAGAUAUCACAGUUUGCGAUCACCACCUCACAGCAACUACCACCACUUUUUGGAACCCCCGGCGAGCUGACAAACUACCUUGCAAAAUCAGUUUUCUUGAUUAACAUUGGCAGCAAUGACUAUAUCAAUAACUAUCUCCUACCCAGAAGAUAUAUCAGCAGCUACGUCUACAGUGGAGAAGCCUAUGCAGAUCUCCUCAUUAAUAACCUAUCAAACCAGUUGUCGAAACUCUACAGGUUGGGUGCCAGGAAAAUGGUGCUGGUUGGGAUUGGUCCACUUGGUUGCAUACCUAGUCAACUAUCCAUGGCAAGCAGCAACAAUGGUUGUGUUGACCGAGUCAACAAUUUAGUCACUCUGUUCAACAGCCGUCUCAUUCAACUGACGAGCACUCUUAAUGCAAGCCUCCCAGGAUCUUUCUUCGUCUACCAGAACAGCUAUAAUAUCUUCUCUAACAUGAUCAGAGAUCCUUCGAAAUAUGGGUUUACUGUACCAAACAGUGCCUGUUGUGGGAACGGAAGGUACGGAGGGGAUCUAACCUGCCUUCCACUGGAGCAACCAUGUAAGAAUAGAGAUCAGUACAUCUUCUGGGAUUCUUUCCAUCCAACCCAAGCUGUCAAUGCCAUGAUAGCUGAAAGCUGCUACACACAGUCUGGAACUGAGUGCUAUCCUAUCAGCAUCUACCAGCUGGCACAACUUUAGAGAAACAAAAUCUACUGUGAAACAAACCCCGGCUGUUAAUGGUAGUGUAUUUUCCCAUAAGCGCCCAUCGUUUGGAACUGAAAAGGCUAUCAUUGUAAUUGGAAAUCUAUUUUUCCAUAAAUGGGCAUUGUUGCUAAGGACUAAGUCAUAAUGGAUACUCCUAGUAUUUACUAAAAGCUUCA